CUGGUAAAGGCAUCUCUUCCAUCGCUAACUGUUUACCAUCAUCCGUGUGAGCUCUUUGAACGAAGCAGCUGCGCAGACAGCGUCACGGCGGCGCUCAGCGACGCGUCGUGCUUUCACCGCUCCACGAAAAAGGAAGGCGCUGCGCGUUUGAGUCCGUUCUCCGACCAGAGGCCACAACAGGGUGCGCGCCGCCGAGAGAAAGAUGGCCACCAUGUCGCAAACUAAAGUGCACACCUCGGAAGGAUCGGAGACCGAUGCUCCCAGCAGCGCCCGCGUGGUGCUGAAGCUGAGGAAGCCGGCUACCAAGAACCGGCGACAAGUCGCCUGGACCGAGGGCACCGUCGACAACGAGCACAUGAACCGCCGAAAGUCGAAGUGUUGCUGCGUGUACGUCAAGCCGCGCAAGUUCGGCGAGAGCUCGAGCUCGAGCGAGGACGAAGCGUGCGAGCACUGCCGCGGCCACGUCGAGCGCAGGCAGAGGAACAAGAAGCCGGCGGCGCCCGCUGGCACCGUCACGACGGCUUCCGCGGGGACGAUGGCCGAAGGCGCCGAAGAGGCGGUGGCGGGCGCGCCGCCGGCCUCCAGACGCCACGUCGCCUGGGCCGCCGACACGGUUGACAACGAGAACAUGAACAAACGCAAGUCCAAGUGCUGCUGCAUCUUUGAGAAGAGGCACGAGUUCGGCGAGAGCUCGUCGGACAGCGAGGCGGACGACUGCCCCAACUGCCGCGGUCACAAGGAGGUCAGAUCCAAGAAGAACGCGAAUGACGCCGCCGAGCCCCUGCUGGCGAGCCAGUUCAUGGUUCACGGCGACGCCUCUUAAAGUGCCGUCGUUUCAUACACGAACAAACUCGCAGUGGUGCCCGUUUGCUAGAGUCGAAGGAGAGAGACUUUUAUCCCAAAGACGCCAGCUUGCCCGAUGCAUCCCCUCAUGGCGACCGGAAGUGAAAAAAAAAAAAAUUAAAUUAGGUGGCCGCGUGUACGUGCCAUAACCCUGUCGUCUGAGAAGUCAGAGGUACCAUAACUGACAUAGGGCCGAAAAAUGACAGGGUUCAUGAGUUUAUUCAUGGUACUGCACCUCUGACGUAGGAAACUCUUGGCAAGAGUUGCUGAAUUCAUUUUUUUUUACUAGCCCAGCAGUGUAGAGGGUUGAAAAGCUCAUUAAGGUGGCUGUGCACAAAAGCCUGCUUCAAGUUUAUGGAUGCAUUUUAAGCUUGCUUGCUUUGUUAGGCAAUUUACCACCUCUUAGCCAAGUGCUAAGCACUAUGCAUUCUUCAUUUCCUAGACAUUUCAUUGUUUUGCAUUGUUGGGCUGUUGACGUUGCAGUGCAUAUUAGCCCUAAGUCUGUGAUAAUUGUUUCACAGUCUGUGAGCAGUUGUAUGUUGCUCUGUGGUGCUUAUUAGCAGAUGUAAUUGCGCCUGAAGUAGGAACGGUGAAAAAUGCUGGAGUGACUGCUGCCCGUGAGCAAGACAGCUGCAAUUGUGUUGAAAGGCAUCACUGCAAGAAAAAAAAAAAAUGCAUGUGGCUGCCAUGAACUGUCUGUACAAAUGUUGUUGCCAAUAAAGGAAAGACUGAA